AUGAGCCGCCAACUGUCGGCGAACGCCGAGAAAAUUGUCGAUGAGAUUAGAAACAUUAUACCGGAGACGGCAUCGAAAGACUCGUUUAUUUCCAAGAGAGUUUUUCGCCUCACCGCAGAGAAUCGUGAUAUUAUGUAUGGGGGAGAGCUGCUUACAGAGAAAGUUGGUAGCCUCGUUCAGGAAUUGAAAAUUCCGAAGGACUGGGGAUGGGCUAUAUGGCAUUUCCCGUUGGGAAGGACGAUUAUUAAUAAAAAUUCGGCGAUGUACAUUGUCCCAUUACCCGACAAAAAAUUGAUACCGUCAGAGGGGGUUUCGAAUAACCUCAUUUUUACAACAGACGAUGCAAAGUUUAAUCCAUACGACACAGCGCUUAUCUUCAUGAAAUGA